AUGUCGGCGGGCGGCCGCGACGAAGAGCGGCGGAAGCUGGCAGACAUCAUUCACCACUGGAACGCCAACCGGCUGGACCUGUUCGAGAUCAGCCAGCCGACCGAGGAUUUGGAGUUUCAUGGAGUCAUGAGAUUUUAUUUUCAAGAUAAAGCUGCUGGAAACUUUGCAACAAAAUGUAUUCGGGUCUCCAGCACAGCAACCACUCAAGAUGUGAUUGAAACACUGGCAGAGAAGUUCCGCCCUGAUAUGCGCAUGCUCUCUUCUCCCAAGUACUCCCUCUAUGAAGUGCAUGUCAGUGGAGAAAGAAGAUUGGACAUUGAUGAGAAACCUCUAGUUGUACAGUUGAAUUGGAACAAAGAUGAUCGGGAGGGUAGAUUCGUCCUUAAGAACGAGAAUGACGCCAUUCCUGUCAAGAAGACUCAGAGUAAUGGACCCGAAAAGCAGGAGAAAGAAGGUGUUAUUCAGAACUUCAAAAGAACUCUCUCAAAGAAAGAAAAGAAGGAAAAAAAGAAGAGAGAGAAGGAGGCAUUGAGACAAGCCUCUGAUAAGGAAGAAAGGCCUUCUCAAGGAGAUGACAGUGAGAAUUCCCGACUGGCUGCCGAGGUUUACAAAGACAUGCCAGAAACCAGCUUCACUCGAACGAUUUCUAAUCCUGAGGUUGUUAUGAAACGGAGGCGGCAGCAAAAACUGGAGAAGAGAAUGCAAGAGUUCCGGAGCUCAGAUGGGCGGCCCGACUCGGGUGGAACACUGAGGAUAUAUGCAGACAGUUUAAAACCAAAUAUUCCAUACAAGACAAUCCUGCUGUCUACUACAGAUCCUGCAGACUUUGCUGUAGCAGAGUCUUUGGAGAAAUAUGGUCUGGAAAAAGAGAAUCCCAAGGACUACUGCAUUGCCCGGGUUAUGCUUCCUCCUGGAGCCCAGCAUUCUGAUGAGAGAGGUGCUAAGGAAAUAAUUCUUGAUGACGAUGAAUGUCCUUUACAGAUCUUCAGGGAGUGGCCAAGUGAUAAAGGGAUUUUAGUCUUCCAGUUGAAGAGGAGACCACCGGACUACAUCCCAAAGAAAAUGAAGAAACAUGUUGAAGGGAAGCCAUUGAAGGGGAAAGAUAGAGCUGACAGCUCUGGCUACGGCUCUGCUCUUCCUCCUGAGAAGCUGCCCUACUUAGUAGAGCUAAGCCCAGAUGGCUCUGACUCCAGAGACAAGCCAAAGUUAUACCGCCUUCAGUUAAGUGUGACUGAAGUUGGGACAGAGAAGUUCGAUGACAAUUCUAUCCAGCUCUUUGGCCCUGGAAUUCAGCCCCAUCACUGUGAUCUCACCAACAUGGAUGGAGUGGUCACUGUGACCCCCAGAAGUAUGGAUGCAGAGACCUACGUGGAUGGUCAGCGCAUCUCAGAGACCACAAUGCUGCAGAGUGGCAUGAGACUGCAGUUUGGCACCUCGCAUGUGUUUAAGUUUGUGGACCCCAUCCAGGACCACGUUCUUUCCAAGAGAUCUGUGGAUGGAGGCCUGAUGGUCAAGGGCCCAAGACAUAAACCUGGAGCCGUUCAAGAGACAACCUUUGAUUUGGGAGGAGAUAUCCACAGUGGGACAGCAUUGCCGGCAAGCAGGAGCACUACUAGACUGGACAGUGACCGGGUGUCCUCUGCCUCCAGCACAGCUGAGCGAGGGAUGGUGAAGCCGAUGAUCCGACUGGACCAGGAGCAGGAUUAUCGACGAAGAGAGAGCAGAGAUGUAAAGACACAAGUGAUUUUGGAAAAAGACAUAGUCACUAUGCAGACGCUGUGGUAUGUCUCCCUGUUGAGGCAAGAAGUAGACCAGGUUGAUCAGAAACAGAAGAAUAUUGCAGGAGCGCUUGCCUUCUGGAUGGCAAAUGCAUCUGAACUUCUCAACUUCAUCAAGCAGGACCGAGACCUUAGUCGGAUUACGCUGGAUGCCCAGGAUGUUCUAGCACACUUGGUUCAGAUGGCAUUUAAGUACUUGGUUCAUUGCCUUCAGUCAGAACUUAAUAACUACAUGCCAGCCUUUCUGGAUGAUCCUGAGGAGAACAGUCUGCAAAGACCAAAAAUAGAUGAUGUGCUGCACACUCUCACAGGAGCCAUGUCCUUGUUGCGGCGCUGCAGAGUCAAUGCUGCCCUGACCAUCCAGCUGUUCUCCCAGCUGUUCCACUUCAUCAAUAUGUGGCUGUUCAACAGACUGGUGACUGACCCAGAUUCAGGCCUGUGUUCCCACUACUGGGGUGCAAUUAUCCGCCAGCAGCUGGGGCAUAUUGAAGCUUGGGCAGAGAAGCAGGGGCUAGAGCUGGCUGCUGACUGUCACUUGAGCAGGAUCGUGCAGGCUACUACAUUGCUUACGAUGGAUAAAUAUGUACCUGAUGAUAUUCCAAAUAUAAACAGCACAUGCUUUAAGUUAAAUUCUCUGCAGCUUCAAGCCUUGUUACAAAACUACCACUGUGCACCUGAUGAGCCUUUUAUUCCUACGGAUCUCAUAGAAAAUGUUGUGGCUGUUGCUGAGAAUACAGCUGAUGAGCUUGCACGCAGUGAUGGCAGAGACGUGCAGUUGGAGGAGGACCCUGACCUACAACUGCCUUUUCUUCUGCCAGAAGAUGGCUAUUCCUGUGAUGUUGUCAGAAACAUUCCAAAUGGUUUACAAGAAUUUUUAGACCCUCUGUGCCAGAGAGGAUUUUGUAGGUUGGUUCCUCACACGCGGUCACCAGGCACCUGGACGAUAUAUUUUGAAGGAGCAGAUUAUGAAAGUCACCUAAUGCGUGAGAGCACAGAGCUGGCCCAGCCUCUGAGGAAGGAGCCUGAGAUAAUCACUGUGACGCUGAAGAAGCAGAAUGGAAUGGGUCUCAGCAUCGUUGCAGCAAAGGGUGCCGGCCAGGAUAAACUGGGAAUAUACGUUAAAUCGGUUGUCAAAGGAGGUGCUGCAGAUGUGGAUGGACGACUAGCUGCUGGUGACCAACUCCUCAGUGUGGAUGGACGAAGUCUGGUUGGACUUUCUCAGGAAAGGGCAGCAGAACUCAUGACAAGAACCAGUUCUGUGGUGACACUGGAAGUUGCAAAGCAAGGUGCCAUUUACCACGGCCUGGCCACCCUCCUUAACCAGCCAUCCCCCAUGAUGCAGAGAAUUUCAGAUCGUCGUGGCUCAGGUAAACCCAGACCAAAGAGUGAAGGCUUUGAGCUCUAUAAUAAUUCAGCUCAAAACGGCUCCCCAGAGAGUCCUCAGAUGCCUUGGACAGAGUACAGUGAGCCGAAGAAGCUGCCGGGUGACGACAGGCUGGUGAAGAGCAGACCAGACCACCGGUCCAGCCCCAAUGUGGCAAAUCAGCCUCCUAGCCCUGGAGGGAAGAGUCCUUAUACAUCUGGAACAGCAGCUAAGAUAACAUCUGUCUCCACUGGAAACCUCUGCACUGAGGAGCAGACUCCUCCACCUAGACCUGAAGCCUAUCCUAUCCCUACUCAGACAUACACCAGAGAGUAUUUUACCUUUCCAGCUUCAAAGUCGCAGGAUCGGAUGGCUCCUCCUCAGAACCAGUGGCCAAAUUAUGAGGAAAAGCCACAUGUGCACACAGAAAAUAAUCAUUCCAGUAUUGCAAUCCAGCGUGUUACCCGUUCCCAGGAAGAGCUUCGGGAAGAGAAGGUUUACCAACUUGAGCGGCAUCGAGUAGAGCCUGGCAUGGAUCGCAAGUGUGACAGUGAUAUGUGGAUCAAUCAGAGCUCUUCAGUGGAAUCCAGCACAUCUAGCCAGGAGCACCUGAACCAUUCCUCCAAGUCAGUUACCCCUGCUUCCACUCUGACCAAGAGUGGUCCCGGCCGUUGGAAAACCCCAGCAGCGGUGCUGCCCACCCCUGUAGCUGUCUCUCAGCCCAUUCGAACAGACCUCCCUCCACCUCCUCCUCCACCACCGGCCCAUUACACCAGUGAUUUUGAUAGUAUUCCAAUGGAUUUGCCUCUCCCACCUCCUCCUGCCAACCAGGCGGGAUCCCAGUCUGCUCAGGUGGCUGCUGCAGAGCGGAAAAAGAGAGAGGAACAUCAGAGGUGGUAUGAAAAAGAGAAGGCCCGCCUGGAGGAGGAGCGAGAGAGGAAGCGCAGGGAGCAGGAGCGGAAGUUGGGGCAGAUGCGUACUCAGUCCCUGAACCCUGCUUCCUUCUCUCCUUUGGCCACACAGGCCAAGCCAGAAAAGCCUUCCACACUGCAGAGGCCCCAAGAAACAGUCAUUCGGGAGCUGCAGCCCCAGCAGCAGCCCCGCACGAUUGAGCGCAGGGACCUGCAGUACAUAACCAUCAGUAAAGAGGAGCUGUCCUCUGGGGAUAGUCUGUCUCCAGACCCCUGGAAACGAGAUGCCAGGGAAAAGCUGGAGAAGCAGCAGCAAAUGCACAUUGUGGAUAUGCUAAGCAAGGAGAUCCAUGAGCUGCAGAACAAGGUGGACCGUACUGCAGAGGAGAGUGACCGCCUGCGGAAACUUAUGCUGGAGUGGCAGUUCCAGAAGAGACUACAGGAGUCCAAGCAGAAAGAUGAGGAUGAUGAUGAAGAGGAAGAUGAUGACGUGGAUACCAUGCUGAUCAUGCAGCGUCUGGAGGCUGAGCGGAGAGCCAGGAUGCAGGAUGAGGAGCGCAGGCGCCAGCAACAGUUGGAAGAGAUUCGCAAACGAGAAGCAGAAGAUCGAGUAAGACAAGAAGAAGAUGGACGCCAUCAGGAGGAGGAGCGAGUAAAGAGAGAUGCUGAAGAAAAGAGGCGACAGGAAGAAGGGUAUUACAGCCGCCUAGAAGCUGAGAGGCGCAGACAGCACGAAGAGGCAGCACGCAGGUUGCUGGAGCCCGAAGAACCUGGGCUGAGCCGACCUCCACUUCCACGGGACUACGAGCCCCCAUCCCUGUCCUCAGCACCCAGUGCCCCUCCUCCCCCACCUCAGCGAAACGCCUCCUACCUCAAAACACAGGUCCUCUCCUCAGACUCGCUGUUCACUGCCAAGUUUGUUGCGUAUGAUGAUGAUGAGGAGGAGGACUACGGCCCAGCAGGACCAAACUCUUAUUCUGGAUCUGCUAACACAGCUGCUGGAGCCUUUGAUGCUCCUCGGGACACAAGAGAGAAACACACUAGAAGCCAAGAUGCAGACUUACCUGGCAGUUCUGGAGCCCCUGAAAACCUGACAUUUAAGGAGCGUCAGCGCCUCUUUUCACAAGGGCAAGAUGUGUCUGACAAAGUGAAAGCUUCUCGUAAAUUAACAGAGCUUGAGAAUGAACUGAACACCAAGUGAGAAGAGAGAGGACACCUGUACUCAAGCAGGUCUGCCCUUGGCAGGGGAUUUGUGUGAUAGAGCCUGAAGAGGAAGGAACAAUUCCACUUCUAAGUGAUGUUUAAUUUCUGUUUCUGAAAUGGUUGCAAUUUGGAGAUGUUCCAAUUCCAAGAAACUUUGUUUUACUUUACCAAGAAAAAUCCUGCCUAGUUCUUAGUGAUCUGACUCACGGGAAGUUACCUUUUAUUGUUAGCUUUUGUGGGGAGGUUGGACUCACAGGGCAGAAUGAGGGGCUGUAAAGAUACGGGGUGUUUCCUCCACCCUAUCUAUCUUCUCCCAUUGUCAUUCCAAGGGCAGUAGGCCAAGAAAUUAUCUUUCUGUUCUUGCUCUAAACUCCAUUUGGCUACCAGACAGUGACAGCUGAGCAGUUCAGAGCACUUCUGUGUCAUUGUGGACCCUGUCUGCAGGAGACAGGCCUCUCAGCCCAGGGCAAAUGCUGCCUUUACCUUCUAUAAUUUGCAUGAGGCGGCUAGAUGGAGUUUCUUAUGUAAGGUGCACAACACAUCAUUCUUGACCAAUGUGAGCCUCCUGAUCAAUUUAAAUGUUUGAGAUUGAAUAUCUAAUUGAUAAUACAAUUUUGAAAAAUCACAAGAAAUUUUGAGAAUUUAAUCCUAAGGAUUUUAUUUUAAUAAAUACCAAAUCAUCAUUAAACUAAUCACUGUUGGAAAUUAAAGAUAACAGUUAUGUUAGAAAGUUACCUAAUAUUUCAGAGGUUUCAAAGGAUCUUGAUCUCUCUAAUUACAUAGCAUUCAUGUAGGUAGGAGCAAAGACAUCUGAGAAGAGUGGGAGCUCAUGGGUGGCAGGCAAACUUAGCUGUCUCAGGAAUUGUAAACUUAGUAAAGAGAUUUAGAUGCACUGUCAGGAAA